AUGACCACCAACACUCAUGCUACCGCAAAGCCAGCGAAGCCAACGCCUCUCGACUGGAAAAUCUACUGGGCAGAGAAGAAAGAGAAGAAGGCACAGGAACAAGAGCGAAAGCGAAAGCGAAAGCGGUAUGAGGACGCGCAAGAUGUGCCGCCUGUCAAGAAGAAGUCGCGCAAUGUCCGCCGCCGUAUCAAGCAGAAGGCGGACGCCGAGAAGAAAGCCGCCGAAUGGCGCUCCACCAGAUCAGAGCCCGACUUUGGUGACUGGGACAAAAAGGAAAAGCCCAAGAUCACGCUGCGGUUGCGUGGGGCUGAAAAGUCGUCAUAG